AUCUCUCUCACAUACAAUACCACGAUCCGUUUCCGUGAUCGUCUUGCGCUUUCUGUUAUUGUGGUGUGUGCUAUCUCGAGAGAUCUGUUAGUCACUUCCAUGGCGAUGGAACAGAGGCCAAAGACGAAGAUCGUGUGCACACUCGGGCCAGCGUCCAGAUCUGUCCCGAUGGUCGAGAAGCUUCUUAUGGCGGGGAUGAACGUGGCUCGCUUCAACUUCUCUCAUGGAUCUUACGCCUACCACCAGGAGACCCUCGACAAUCUCCGUCAGGCCAUGCUUAACACCGGCAUGCUCUGUGCUGUCAUGCUCGACACCAAGGUCAGUCUUAUUAAAAACCUGUGCUAUAUAUAUGUGCAUUUAUGUGUGUGUAUAUAUAUAUUGAUUUGGGCUCUGUUCACGCCGGAUCCUGAUCAUUCCUCCAUCGAUCUACAGUUGGGACCAGAGAUUCGAACCGGAUUCUUAAAGAAUGGGAAACCAGUCCAGCUGAAACAAGGCCAAGAAAUCACCAUUUCGACUGACUAUGACUUGAAGGGUGAUGAGAGGACGAUAUGCAUGAGCUACAAAAAGCUAGCGGAAGAUGUCAGUCCAGGCAUGGUGAUACUCUGUGCCGAUGGUACCAUCUCGUUGAAGGUCCUCUCUUGUGACAAAGGAAAGGGUACGGUUCGUUGCCGUUGCGAGAACACAUCGAUGCUCGGUGAGAGGAAGAACGUUAACCUCCCCGGUGUUGUGGUUGAUCUCCCUACUCUAACUGAAAAAGACAAGCAAGACAUUCUUGAAUGGGGAGUUCCUAAUCAAAUCGACAUGAUCGCUCUGUCUUUCGUCAGAAAAGGUUCAGACUUGGUACAAGUUAGGAAGCUACUCGGAGAACAUGCCAAAACCAUUCUUCUCAUGUCAAAGGUUGAAAACCAAGAAGGUGUGGCGAAUUUUGAUGACAUAUUGAUAAACUCUGAUGCGUUUAUGAUCGCGAGAGGUGACCUUGGAAUGGAGAUCCCAAUCGAGAAGAUAUUCUUAGCUCAGAAAGUGAUGAUCCACAAGUGCAAUAUCAUGGGAAAGCCAGUGGUUACAGCGACUCAGAUGCUCGAGUCUAUGAUAAAAUCCCCACGGCCAACAAGAGCAGAAGCAACAGAUGUCGCCAACGCUGUCCUCGACGGCACGGACUGUGUCAUGCUCAGCGGUGAAACAGCAGCGGGAGCAUAUCCAGAGCUUGCUGUCCGUACGAUGGCAAAGAUAUGUGUGGAAGCAGAGAGCACGCUGGACUACGGAGACAUUUUCAAGAGGAUAAUGCUGUACUCUGAGGUCCCUAUGAGCCCGAUCGAGUCACUUGCUUCGUCUGCAGUCAGAACCGCUACUUCCGCUAGAGCCACUCUCAUGAUAGUCUUGACCAGAGGAGGCAGCACGGCGAAGCUUGUGGCUAAGUACAGACCAGGGAUACCGAUUUUGUCAGUUGUGGUUCCCGAAAUCUCGACUGACUCUUUUGAUUGGUCGUGUAGCAACGAGUCUCCGGCUAGACACAGCCUCAUCUUCCGGGGUUUAGUCCCGGUGCUUUAUGCUGGUUCGGCCAGAGCCUCCAACGACGAGUCAACAGAAGAAACGAUCGAGUUCGCGACUCAGUACGGGAAAAAGAAGCAAUUGUGCAAGACCGGAGACUCGGUCGUGGCUCUUCUCCGUACAGGUAACGCUAUUGUUAUCAAGAUCCUGACCGUGAAGUGA